AUGGAUCGAGCCCAAGGUCAACUUGCCUUUGACGAAUUCGGAAGACCUUUUAUAAUAUUCAGAGAUCAAGAGAAGAAGAAAAGAUUGACUGGAAUAGAGGCACACAAGUCUCACAUACUUGCGGCGAAAUCAGUGGCCAACACUCUGCGCACAUCCUUAGGACCUAAGGGACUAGAUAAAUUACUAGUGAGUCCUGAUGGCGAUAUCACUGUGACCAAUGACGGCCGAACGAUUUUGGACAAAAUGGACGUGGAACAUGAAAUUGCGAAACUCCUAGUGCAGCUUAGUCAAUCUCAGGAUGAUGAAAUCGGCGAUGGAACUACAGGGGUUGUUGUCCUUGCAGGUGCACUGCUGGAACAAGCGGAACAACUUUUGGACCGUGGUCUGCACCCUAUUCGUAUCGCAGAUGGUUUCGAACUGGCAGCCCAAAAAUGCUUGGAAGUCCUAAACGAAAUUAGCGACCACUUCGAGUUUUCGGAGAUGGAUAAGGAACCGUUAAUUAAAACUGCAAUGACCGCCUUGGGAUCAAAGAUUGUUAACCGUUGUCAACGUCAGUUUGCAGAGAUUGCUGUGGAUGCCAUCUUAGCUGUCGCGGACUUAGAACGUCGAGAUGUGGACUUUGAAUUGAUCAAGGUAGAAGGAAAAGUCGGUGGUCGUCUUGAGGAUUCAUUGAUCGUUAAAGGCGUCAUCAUAGACAAGGACUUUUCCCACCCUCAAAUGCCUCGGAGUGUCAAAGAUGCCCGUCUGGCCAUUCUGACAUUCAUCUGCGUAUGGCUCCCCCAUUGCCUUUGUCCUUCUAGAGGAGUAUCUACAAAUUCGUGGUUCUGGUCGUAUACUGGGGUAAAGUUAAUUUUUACGAUUGUGACGUCUUCUGUUUCNGGUUUGUUGCGCUUUGUACGUUCAAAUUGCAAAACGAUACUGAGAGAUUGGAUUCUCAUUAUUCGCGCUCUGAAACGAAAUGACCGGGAAUCGGUUAUGGUAAAUCACUUCCUGCUUACGUAG